AUGUCCCGCCCCCCCCCUUCCCCUCACUCCGCACCCCUCUACCACCUCACAAACACCCCAGCCUCCCGCCUCGCCCAAAGCAAUGGAAGCCUUCGAAGCAGCGCACGCGGAUCCGUCCCUGUUCAUCCCCAACGUGCCGCUGCUCCCGUUCGUCCUGCCUCCGCCGGCCUUCGAUGCUGCGCCAAGGCCCGAAGACCUGCCGCCGACAAGUCCCACAUGCGACGCUCUUCUCUCGUUGCACGUCUCCCCUUUCGAGCUGCCGUCAACUCCGAAUGCGCUCCCUUCGUUGCACGCGUCGCCACUGACCGCGCCGGGCUCGCCCGCGUUGCCUCCGUGUGCUGCGCCUCUCCGCGUGUCAGCAGGUGCGAUAUCGAAGCCGCGGCGGUCCCCGCGGAGGUUUCAGUGCACGGUCAGGGGCUGUGA